CAGUGCUCAAGACUGCCCUGGGAGGGCUGAGAGCCAGACUUUAGACUAGGGACACGGGGACAGCAGAGCACCAGCUGGGGGUGCAGCCUGAGCCAGGAAUAGUCAUGGAGGAACAAGAUCAAGAUCUGCUUUGACUGAGACGCUCCCAGGGCAGAGGCUGAGAAUCAUAAGACACUUCAGCAGGCAUCUAAAAAUCUGAAAGAGAAAAUGACUCAAGUAGUCACUCAGAGGCGGCCCACCCGUAGUUCCAAGAUGGUAUCCAGUUCAGCAGCAAUGAGGAUAAAACGAGCCCUGAGGAAGAAGUUGGUGCGGGAGUUCCUGUCAGAGUUCUUGAGCACGUAUGUCAUGAUGGUGUUUGGCCUCGGUUCUGUGGCCCAUAUGGUUCUAGGAAGCAACAAAUUUGGGACCUUCCUCGGUGUCAACUUGGGUUUUGGCUUUGGCGUCACCAUGGGCGUGUACAUGGGAGGCGACGUCUCUGGGGCCCACAUGAAUGCGGCAGUGACCUUCACCAGCUGUGCACUAGGCCGCAUGUCCUGGAAGAGGUUUCCUGUGUACGUGCUGGGUCAGUUUCUGGGCUCCUUCAUGGCUGCUGUCACCAUCUAUGUCCUCUUCUACUCAGCCAUUAUCCACUUCUCGGGAGGACAACUGACAGUAACUGGUCCCAGAGCCACUGCUGGCAUUUUUGCCACCUAUCUUCCUGCAUACAUGACGUUGUGGCGGGGCUUCGUGGAUGAGGUGGUAGUGACGGCGAUACUCCAGCUGUGUCUCUUUGCUAUCGGGGAAAAGAAAAGCCCAGAAAUGCAUGGGACACAGCCCGUGGUGAUUGGUUUCCUCGUUACCGUCAUUGGGAUAUCCCUAGGCAUGAACUCGGGAUAUGGUAUCAAUCCCUCCCGGGACCUGCCCCCCCGCUUCUUCACCUACAUUGCUGGCUGGGGCCAGGAAGUCUUCAGGGCUAAUGAGAACUGGUGGUGGGUGCCAGUGGUGGCACCAAUUCUGGGUGCCUACGUAGGUGGCCUUGUCUACCUGGUCUUCAUCGGCUCCAAUACCCCACGGGCACCUCAAGGAUCUGAAGACCCUGCAGCAUUUGAAGACCACAGGACAAGUGCAUUGCCCAAGACCACCCAUGAUUCAUACAUGGCUUCUUCCUUCGCCGCUGUCUCUGAGGCUUCUACCAACAGAGCUUCAGGUGCCUCUCCCUUUGGCCCUGCUUCUGUGACUGCUACCAACAGACCUUCAGUCCCCUCUUCCCUCUCCCCUGCCUCUGUGGCCCCUACCAACAGAGUUUUAGUCCCCACUCCCCACCCCUCUGGGUCUGUGGCCCCUACCAACAGAGCUUCAGUCCAUCCCGCCCUGUCCACACAUGACUCUGGGCACAUAGAGCACUUCUAAGUAGAGAUUAUUUGUGACCCCAACCCUACCCCAAUAAAGAAAGCCUUGUCCCAUAGCAGCACCACCCCCUUUCUGGGGGCCUCCUGUGGUUGGGCUUCCCUCCUGGGUUGCUCUAGAUGCUAAGGGUUAUGCCUUAGUCAAAGGCUGGAGCACUGAGCUGAGAGGCCUCAACUUGUUCAAGCCCUGGGAGCUAGGGCGCCCCUUGAGGGAUAAUGGGGAAGUGCUGACCUGAGGCCUCAGUAGGAACAGGGUGAGAAGAAAGGACACCAGACACAGAAUGGGGAUUUCAGGCAUAGAGGAGGGAGAGAUGGCUUGGUGCAAAGGACCAGAGCUAGCUGGUGGGUGGCUGGCUUUGGGGAUACCUUGAGGGUACCCUGGGAUGACUCUAGAGUCUCCCCUGCUUCUUUCUUUCCCAGUUGCAGCCAGUUCUUAGACCAGACAAGGCAAGGCUCAUGAGGGCAGAUAGAAUUUCUCAGCCUUUUUUUAGCAGCCUUUUUUUCCUUAAUCACAUAGAAUUUUAAAACCACAGAUAUACAAUAUAUCUGUUUAUGCACUGUAAGUAUAUCUGUGCUUUAUACAUAAAAAGCAUAAGAUUUUUUACCCCUUUUCCAAGAAUCAAUUUUCAUUCCCUCAAGAAUGUUUGAUAUACAUUGAGAGCAGGUUUAGGCUCCUUUUCCUUCUUCUUGGUGCUGCAGCAUUCCCAUAUGAAGGAAUUACAGAGUUGGAAGGAAGAUGUAAAGAGGGAAAUCCCCUAAAAGGUGAAGAGAUAGGAAAAGGCCUCCUGGGGUGCAUGGGGCUCAGGUAUAGAGGUGGGGUGGGGGUUGGGGAGCUGGGAUCUGCUGCCCCUGGGGCCAGGUAGGAAUUGUCCUGUUUUCUGGGAAGCAGAAGGCAGCAGCACCCAUGGCUCCUAUCAUUGCUUGUGCAUACAUUUGGCCUUUCAACAAUUACUGAGUGCCUAUGGUAUUCAGGCCCUGCAUGGACACCGGGGAUGCACAAUGGAUGAGAGUGGUCUCUGCCUUUGAGGAGUACAGUCUAAUAGGGGAUAAGAAAUCAUGAGUAAUUAGGACAAGUGGAGGAGUGUGGGAUGUUUGGAGGCUGUGGGGCUUAGGGAGGUGGGGGCCUGGCAGCCAGCCUCUGGGCCAGAGAUGGCUUUCCAGAGAAGACAGAACAGAGUCCGGGUAUGGGCAUCUUUUUUAGGACUGGGAACUAUACAGUUUGGGGGUACAGGGAACAGAAGAGGCUGGGCUUCCUUCUGGAGGUGGGAGACAUGGUAAGAUGAGAUUUAGAAAGCCCAUGUGUGUUAGUUGGGCAUGGUGGUGCAUGCCUGUAGUCCCGGCUACUUAGGAGGCUGAGGCAGGAGGAUUGCUUGAGCCCCGGAGUUUGAGGUUGCUGUGAUGCUGUGAGAUAUGAUGAUGCCAAAGUACUCUACCCAGGGCAACAGAGUGAGACUCUGUCUCAAAAAACAAACAAACAAACAAAAACCCCACCUGAGCUGCAGUGUGCAGGAUGCUGGCACCAGUGGAGAUGGGCCUACAGAGAUUGUGGUGAGAGGUAAUAAUCCAGGAGCAGCAGCAAGCCAGCUGAUGGAUCAGUGCUGUGGGCAAGGAGAGCAGAGGCAGCAUUUGAUCAAUGACUAAGAGGUACAAAUGGCAGAAAUUCGGCUUCAUUUGGAUGGAGAAGUGGGUUGGGGAGAGGGAGGAGUCAGGGAAGACUUCCUGUGAGGAACCGGCUUGAAGAGGAAGAUGAUAAGUGAUACUGUGGACAUGUUUAGUUUGAGUUGCCUCUGAGAUCUUGGGGUGUGGCAGGUAUGUGGUCUUGGGCAAAUCACUUGAACUCUCUGGGCCUUGGUAUUCUCAUUUAUAAAAUGGGGAUAAGAGGCUGGGCAUGGCAGCUCAGGCCUAGCACUCUGGGAGGCUGAGGCAGAUGGAUUGCCUGAGCUCACAGGUUUGAGACCAGCCUGAGCCAGAGUAAGACCUCAUCUCUAAAAAUAGCCAGGGGUUGUGGUGGGCAUCUGUAGUCCCAGCUACUUGGGAGGCUGAGACAAGAGAAUUGCUUGAGCCUAAGAGUUUGAGGUUGCUGUGAGCUAUGAUGCUACAGCACUCUACCAAGGGCGACAAGUGAGACUCCGUCUCAAGAAAACAAAUAAA